CCUUUCCCUUUUCUCUCCUCCAUGUUUCAAGAUUAACCCCUCUCUCUCUCUCUCCCUAGAUUUCUUGACCGUUCCUCCGGUCUCUCCUGCUCCGUCAUCGCAAAUCCACUGACCCUUUUCCCUCAGAAACCUGGUGGUUCCAUAGCCAUUAAUCAUAAAAGUUAUAGCCAUUAAUACUCAAAGUUAUUUCAGGGAAACAUAGUAAUUGAUAAUUCAUAUUUAUUUUGAUUCACAUACAGUUCAUGGGGAAGAGAAAGCGAAGAGCUGACCAAAACAAGACUCCUCCUCCUCCUUCUGCUGACCUCAUGCGAUAUGGUUUUUAUGCGGAUACAUUAUGUGAAAAGAAAUCUUCUAAUUCAGUUGACAAUAGUUCCAUCAAGCCUCCCUCAUCCAUUAUGGAUAUCAUGAAUAGUUCCUUGAAGGUAUCAAAUGUGCAGCAUCCUCAUGCACAUCACCAUCACAAUCAUAGCAGUGCCAUGUUAUUGAGGCAUCCACAUUAUUUUUACGGCCGUCAUUAUUCUCGGCGAAACUCUGCCAACCAUGCUGAAACAUCAACUUCUCGUGGAAAGGGUGCUUUGCAUGAUGAACAAUCAUCUUCCAAGCUGGCCAGUCUGUGCAAAUCAGACUCGGGAUAUCAUACAGACCAGAGAGAGUCAGAACCAGUUCCUUGGCAAUGGAUGCCGUUGCACCUGAUGUGGGGAAGAUGGAAUGUGGAGUAUGUCAGAAGCGGUUGAGAAGGAAACCUUUUAUUCUCGGAAACACAUUAUCGUCUGGUGAUGUCUCUGUUGUGGCUGUUUUAGUUUGCGGUCAUGUUUACCACGCUGAUUGUUUGGAACAGAGAACAUGCCAUGAAGAUAGACGGGAUCCAGCCUGCCCGUUGUGUCUCAGCCUGCUCACACAGGUCGACCGUUGAUGCAUCAAGAGGCCUGGUGUGAUUCUACAAAUGUUGACUUUGUAAGCAGAAGAUCAAUAACUUGGCUGCUUGGCACAUAAAUAGGAUAUAUAGAUGGAAAAUUAGGCAACUAAUGUACACUAAUGCCGCUGCUUUGCAGGCUAGAAGUUUGACAUUGCAUAUUUUUGCAGGCUUUCCCAUUGUUUUUGUAGUAAAAAGUGUAUUAUGUAUGUAUCAUCCUUAACUAUCUGUAUAUGAUGGUAAGUAGCAUUAAAGCCAUGUUUUUACAAGAUGAUGGAUUGUAGUCCUGGUGAUGAACCCUUUCUGUGCCUUUAAAUGUAGUUCUGGUGAUCCAGCUUGCUUUGUCCAUUUAACAACUUCUGCUGCCCAGUUUGCAUUCGGAGUUUUGACGGCUCAAACCUACGUUGUCCACUUUGCUACGUGUGUUGCCCACUUGGCAGCGUUGCACUUCUACGACCUAAGGGUUGCCAUGGCUCAAACGUGCAUCGUCUGCCUCGCAAGGUUGCACUUCUACAUCCUCAGGGCUGUCGUGGCUUGAACCUGCAUUGUCCACUUCGCAGGGUGGUUCUUCUACAAUCUUGGGUUUUCCGUGGCUUGACUCUGUGCUUUGUCCACCUCGCAGGGUUGCUUUUUCACAUCCUUGGCGCUGCCGUGACUGAAAUCUGUGUUUGCCUGCUUCGCUGGCUCGCACUUCUAUAGCCUUUGGGCUGCCAUGGCCUGAACCUGCGCUGUCCUCAUAGGGGCCCUGCAAUGUCCACUGGACAGGGUUGCACUUCGAUAGCCUUUGGGUUGCUCAGGCUCGAACCUGCAUUGUCCAUUUCCAGGGGUUGCCCUUCUAAAGCCUUAACAUGUAGAUUUGUUGUGACCUGCUUCCUUGCACCUAGAUCAAGUAACAGUCCUUUUAUUUGCUUCCACUGUUUUGAUUCGUUCCUGUUCCUUCUUCGGUUGGAUAGGUGGUCGAGAGGGGUAAGGAGGAAGUACAUGUGCACUUUCUGAAUCAGUCUCUUCUUUUUCUACAGGCAUGCCAAUGCCAGCUACAGAAUUAAUGGACUGAGAAUAUGUCAAAUGGAAGCUAUCGACUGUGAAGUAUUCUGGACAGUAAUCAUAUACACUUCUACCUAUACGGUUGAAGACUGCAAUAGCAUGGCGACAUGGUAAUCCACUUCUUCUCCACUCAAGGCAAGUACAAUCCCACCCAUUGGUAUUCACAACAUGAAUGGAAUCAUCACAAACCUCAAAUAAGGUAUCCGUUGAGAUCAAUACUUUCAGACCCCGUGCUUUAAGGUUUUCUUCUUGUAACUUUUUCUCUUUGGUUGGAGUAAGUUUGGCAGACCACUUGCUUGAAUCCAUUUGACGAUUUUUCAUCAACUCACUCAUCAUACAUCUUAGGGCUUCGAUCUUCUGUAUUAUGGUGGCUUCCUGCACUUCCUCCAUCAGAUUGGAAUACGACUCACCAACAUCUUGUGUAAUAUGGUUAUAGGGCUCACCUUUAAAGAACACACUCGUCCAAUGCUCUGGCUCAACUUGCAUGACCCAAUU